AUGGCUCCAUUUUGGACAUCAGGAGCUUGGACACUGUUGGCAGCACUGGGCCUUCUUAACUGCUGUCAUUUUGGCUGGUGUGAAGCCUCAAGGACUAGUGGUUUGACCUCAGAAGCCAAUACAGAAGACCAAGGACCUUCAUCGCUUGAACGAGUUAAGAGAGGAUGGGUUUGGAACCAGUUCUUUGUGGUGGAGGAGUACACAGGCACAGAGCCGCUAUACGUCGGAAAGAUUCAUACAGACUCAGACGAAGGUGAGGGCAACAUCAAGUACACUAUCUCUGGAGAAGGAGCAGGCACCAUCUUCAUCAUCGAUGAGCUUACAGGAGACAUCCAUGCCACAGAGAGACUGGACCGUGAAGAGAAGGCUUUUUACACAUUGGGGGCCCAGGCCCGGGACCGACUCUCCAAUGUCCCUCUGGAACCAGAGUCAGAGUUUGUCAUCAAGGUCCAGGACAUCAACGACAGUGAGCCCAAAUUCUUGGAGGGUCCCUAUAUCGGCAGUGUGGCGGAAUUGUCUCCCAUAGGAACGUCCGUUAUGAAGGUUACUGCAUCUGAUGCUGACGACCCUACAUACGGUAGCAGUGCCAGAGUGGUGUACAGCGUUCUGGAAGGAGAAAAGUUUUUCACCGUAGACAAAAACACAGGAAUCAUCAUGACAGCAGUGGCAGAUUUGGACCGUGAGACACAGGAUCGUUAUGAGUUGGUCGUCAAGGCAACAGACAUGGCAGGACAAAUGGGUGGUCUCUCCGGCUCCACGACGGUGACCAUAGUGAUCACAGACGUUAAUGACAACCCACCACGCUUCCCGCAGAAGAUGUACCAGUUUUCAGUGUCAGAGGGGGCGGCUGUCGGGACACCGGUUGGAAGUGUCAUUGCCACAGAUGAAGACAUGGGGGAGAACACAGAUAUGAGCUACCUGAUCAAAGAGGGAGGGGACCUCUUCAAGGUCACUACAGAUGCAAAUACACAAGAAGCUGUUGUCUCCAUCAAAAAGCCGCUGGACUUUGAGAGCAAGCGCACACACAAUGUGGUGGUAGAGGCUGUUAACAAGCAUGUAGACCCUCGCUUCGUGGACCUGGGCUCCUUCCGUGACCAGACCAUUGUCCGAGUCAGCGUGUCGGACAUUGAUGAGCCACCACUCUUUCAACCAGUUGAAGGCACUAUAAUGGAAGUACAGGAGGAUGCCAAAGUAGGAGCACUGGUUGGCAUUGUCACUGCCAGGGAUCCAGAUGUGAAGAACAAACCUGUCAGGUUCUCCAUUGAUCCGACCACAGAUCAGGAGAUGAUCUUCCAUAUUGAUCCUGAUUCAGGUGCCAUCACACUCGGCAAGAUUUUGGACCGAGAAACCGCUGGCUGGCACAAUAUCACUGUGAAGGCAGUCGAAGCAGAUAACCACACUAUGGCAUCCCACUCAGCAGUGAGUAUUCGGAUUCUGGAUGUAAAUGACAAUCCUCCUGAACUGGCCACACCAUAUGAAGCCUCUAUAUGUGAAGAUGCCAAGCCAGGCCAGCUAAUUCACACCAUCAGUGUGGUGGAUAGAGACGAGCCACAAUCUGGACAUCACUUCUACUUCACCCUGGCCCCCGACGCCUCCAGCAAUCGACACUUUACCCUGUGGGAUGUCAAAGACACCACUGCUGGCAUCCGGACCCAGCGGUCAGGCUUUAACCGCCAUGAACAGAAUGUGUACUUCCUACCAAUCCUGGUAGUUGACAGCGGGCCUCCCUCCCUCAGCUCCACAGGGACCUUGACCAUUCAUGUUUGCGGCUGCGACACAGAGGGAGCCAUCCAGUCCUGCAAUGCCACAGCCUAUGUAAUGAGCGCUGCUCUCAGCCCCGGAGCACUUAUAGCACUACUGGUCUGCAUGCUCAUCCUCAUAGUCCUUGUUUUGCUGAUCCUGACCCUCAAACGCCACAGGAAGGGCCAGAGGAUGACAGAGGACGAGGAGGACAUGAGGGAUAACGUCAUCAAGUACAAUGACGAGGGUGGAGGGGAGCAGGACACUCAGGCUUAUGACAUGAGUGCCUUGAGGAACCUCUAUGACUUCCCCGAGGCCAAGAGCUGUGACUCUGGCCCGGACAUCCGCUCACUCCCGCAAUGGAUACAAGCUAAUCGGGUAGGUGGUGGAGGAGAGGGAGCUGGAGCUGGAGCAGCAGCUGCAGCAGACUUCUCCCUAUUCAAAGGCUACAUCCGAAAGAAGGUGGAACAGGCUGAUGCUGAUCUAUCGGUGCCACCGUAUGACUCGUUCCAGACGUAUGCCUUUGAGGGCACCAGUUCACCAGCUCUAUCACUCAGCUCAAUCCACACGCUGUCCACCACCUCCGAACAGGAUUUCUCCUACCUCAGCGACUGGGGACCACGUUUCAGGCAACUGGCGGGCUACUAUGCUCCAGGAAAUCCUGAGGAGGAAGGGUCCUAG